GAAAGCGAGGCUGUCAUUCUGAACGAGACACGUCGUCCAUUUGGAGAGAUAAGCCGUCGACAUUGGAUAUUGUCGCCGCUGUUUCCUCCCUCUGUCUUUUUCCACUCUCGUAAUUAGUGACCAUCACAACUGUCUCAUUGAACAACUACAGUAGUUCAGUAGUUGCCAAUAAUAGUAACAGUAUCAACUGAGCAGUCUUUAUAUUUGUGUUUCGGGAAAUAUCUUUUUCUUUCACACACUCUCUCUCUUUAAAACUGUACAAUCAACCAUUUCAAUAUGUUGAUGCGGUAUCUUUGCAUGUUGGUGGUGCUGUUGGUACUGUGUCGGGUUCAAGCCGAGCCAGAGUCUGUCAACAGCGAUCUUGUACUAAACAAAGUAGAACGUGGUAUAGACGUGUCCAGUCAUUUGAUUAAGAUUUCUACUUCGAUUACGAUCGAGAACACGGGCAAGACGACAGCCAACCACUUCGUUUAUGUUUUAGACCCGUAUCUUCAAAACCAUGAGGCUUAUGUCGGUGCCACGUUGAAAGGUGAAGAUGAUAAGUUGAAAGUAAAAAAGAAGCAAACCACAAUAAAAGGUCAAAAGAAUGUUUAUUACCAUAUUGACUUGUCAUCUGGUAUCGAACCUGGGAAGACUGCAGUUGUAGAAUUGGAAGAGAUAUACACACAUGCUUUGCAAGCUUAUCCUUCUCAAAUAGCACAAUCUGAGAAACAGUAUGUUGUGUUCAGUACCAACCUCUAUUUGUUCUCACCAUAUCGAGCGAUUAGUCAAUCAGCUGUUGUUACUUGUGCUUCCUCCAAUAUAGAGUUCUACACUAAAAAGAAGCCUGUUUCUCAAGCUGAAACUAGUAUCAACUAUGGACCUUACCCCAACAAAGAGCCUUUUACUGCGGAAGAGCUGAAAGUCCAUUUUGAAAAUAACAGUCCAUUCUUGACUGUAACCAACAUGGAACGUGUUAUUGAAAUUUCACACUGGGGCAAUAUUGCAGUGGAAGAACAUUUUCAAGUAACUCAUUCUGGAGCCACACUGAAAGGACCAUUCUCUCGUUAUGAUUAUCAACGGAACCAAGAUGGUGUCUCCUCAAUCAAAUCUUUCAAAACUAUUCUACCAGCUGCUGCCAGAGAUGUCUAUUACCGUGAUGAAAUUGGAAACAUUUCUACUAGUCAUUUGAAGGAAAUGGAUGAUUCUGUUGAAUUAGAACUCCGUCCUAGGUUUCCACUGUUUGGUGGUUGGAAGACCCAGUAUUACAUUGGCUACAAUGUACCCAGUUAUGAAUAUCUUUACAAUAAAGGAGACAAGUAUUUGUUGAAGAUGCGUCUUAUGGAUCAUGUAUUUGAUGACCAAAUUGUUGAUCAUUUGACAGUGAAGAUAAUCCUACCAGAAGGCUCCAAAAACAUCAAGCUAAGGGCUCCUUUUGAAAUUGUUCAUGGUAAAAGACAGUUGCAUUUUACUUACUUGGAUACAAUUGGCAGACCUGUUAUAGUAUUACACAAGAACAAUUUGGUGGAACAGCAUAUUCAAGAUUUUGAACUGAGCUAUAGCUUCCAGAAGUUCUUAUUAUUACAAGAACCACUGCUUGUGGUUGGUGCUUUUUAUCUGCUCUUCCUUGUUGUUAUUAUCUAUGUCCGUUUAGAUUUCUCCAUUACAAAGGAUGAAGCUAAAGAGAGCAAAAUGAGAAUUGCAAGUUUGAUUGAAGAAGUUCAGAGUAGCCAUGAUAAGAGAAGUGCUCUGUAUCAAGCAUAUGAUGAUGCUACAAACAAGUUUAAAAGCAACAAAGAAGCCAGUGUUUUCCAGACAAGUCGCAAGAAAAUCGAUAGUGAUUACAAACAGCUGACUCAGCGGAUACAUACCCUUCAAGCUACUCUAAAAGAAGAAGGAGCAGAAGCUGCUGAAAAAGUUGCUGAGCUGCAGAAGCUUGAUAGCCAAUACAAGGAACUUAUCAAUCAAGCUAUAAAUUAUGCUGAGAAAUUAAUAAAUAAUAAAAUGAAUAAACAAGCCUACAUUGAGAGUGAGCCAGCUAUAAGUAAGAAACGAGCUGAGAUUAACCAGAAAAUGGAAGCUCUUAGUAGUUCUCUCUAGUAAACAUUGCCAUCUAGAGUGAAAUCAUUUAUCAAUUCAUAAACAUCUUUUGUUUGUCUGGACAAUAAAAGAAGAAAAAAAAAGUUAUUUCAUUUCAUACUGUUUUGUUCUACUCUAUUUUGGAAUAAAACAUCCCAAUUCUUAA